AAGACUAAAAUAAAAUUUAUUUUGCAUGUAUCCAUUAAAAACUUAUUUCCCACAAAAUAAAUCCUACAUAACCUCCGUGACUCACCUACUAUCUUCUUUCCUUCUUUCCCCCUCCUCCCUUGUCUCUCUCUUCUUCUUCAUCUCUAGGGGUGAGACCGAAAGACUUUCUAGAGGCAGUUGUAAAGCCCGGCUGAGGUUGAACUGGAUUAAAUUGGGGGUCUGAUAGAGAUUUAAUAAUCUUACUCGCAAACCACCUAUCAUCUAUUCGAGUAAGUACAUGUGCGAGAUUUUUCACUAAAUAAUCCACCCAUAUUAAUUACUCAUCCACCAUAGUAAUGAAUAUUUACAGGUGAAUACCGAUUGUCACUUUACUUGUGAGGCAUAACACGAACAAUCAAAAUUCCAAAGUGUGGAACAAGAUGUGAGAAUGAGAGAAAUUGGCUUGGGUAAAGAAAAUUUAUUGGAUAGCCCAUGGACUGAGAGAACACCGUGAAGCGGUGGAUGGUAGGUUGAUUCUGGGCCUGUCCAACUUGUGAAAAGAAACCAUCCAAACUUAGCAGGCCCAGUAAUAUAAUUUAUUACCAAUCGUGGCCCCCAAAACACUUUUUUGUGUUGAAAGGUCAAACACAAUCCUGAUGGGCCGGGCUGGAAGGAAACAAACACAAAGCCAGCUGGAAAUCCCCUUACCACGCGGCAAACUCGUAAACAGGUGGCUCCAACAAAACGACAAAAUACGAAAAGGUCCCCCAAAACCAACUUUGUCUUCUAGUCCUCCCUCUGCCGCCGCCACCGGUCUCAAACAAAAACCCGCGUGCUUCCCCACCCCCAGAAUUGAGAAUUCCCUACCGCCAUUUCCGCCAACCCUCUGCCCCUUCCCCUUCCACUACAAAACCCAUCCCGCCGUUCUUCCCCAUUUACCACCUCGAACAACAACAAAAAAAAAAGGAAAACGUUUACGCAGCAAAAGAACAAUCGCCAAGAUGUGCCGAACAACAGAUUUCGACGGAUUCAAUUUCAAGCCCAGAACCAGGAACCCGCUCAAGAUCAAAUCCUUCUUCUGCCGCUUCUCCGGCUUCCACCGCCGCACCUCCUUCCCUGACUCCCUCACCCUCUGCUUCCUCCCCCGGGUCAACGGGACGGAGCUCCAGAUCGACGGCUCCAAGACCCGGCCCGACUCCACCGCGUUCCUCGAGCUCCACAGGCUCGUCGACGUCAAAUCGAAGUCCGGCGAGGCGGUCUACGGGUCCAGGGAAUCGGUCAAAUCGACGGGCGGGGUCAGCUUCGAGGUCUACCUGCGGGACGAGCGACUCCUGGAAGGGAUCUUCACCAAGGACGAGGAAAACGAGUGGAAUCUCGAGUGCCGGUGUCGCGUCGAGAACGCCGCCGCCGUCGGUUGCGCGGCGGCGGCGGCGGAUGUCUGCGUGGCGGUGGAGGAUCGGGUGGCGGCGUUGAGCGAGAGAGUGAGGUUGGUGGCCCCUCCGAGGCGGAAGAAAGGGAGCUGCCGCAGAGGGCGGCGGAUUGACAGGCUGGUUGUGAUCCCCGAGGACGCGGAGGAUGACGACGACGACGAUGAUGAUGAAUCGGACGGUCCGUGUUGCUGCGAUUGCGAUGGUACGGAUGGCGGAUCUAGCGGUGGCGAGUGGGAGGAAGUGAGUGGGCCGGGCUCGCCUGCUAGUGAGGGCACGGAUGAGGAGAUGGACUUGGAGGGAGUUGGAUGGGCCGCGGAUGUUGGGCUUUGGGUCAUGUGUUUGGGUGUGGGCUACUUGGUCUCUAAGGCCUCAACCAAGCGGCUUAGGCGCAUGAGGAUACUCUGACCAAAUAGAGAAGAAAAAAAAAAACGAACGUAUUUGUUCAUAAUUGUAAUUACCGGAAUAGAUGCUGACUAAACUUAGUAAUGACACUAAUGAGUUGUGACCUAGUUAGAGAUAAUCUUUCAGUGUUGGUUAAUUGCUUGUUUGUAGCCUUACUAGUGAAAGAUGAACUUCCAUUCUUAGUGACCUUGUAAGGAAUUCCUUCGUGUAAAUGACUGUUUACACGAUGCUGAAAAUCGUAUUAGAAAUAUCGAUUCGGUUUUUGUUCAAGUGUUUGAUACUCUGCAAUCAGCAAUCGUUGUGGUUGGAUUGUAUCAAUUUGAUGGAUAAUUGUAUUAUACACAAAUCCAGCAAAUUCUAUUAAUCAAAACCAGCUAAUACCUACUUGCAUCCAUAUUUAUGUAUGUGUUUUUUUCUGCCAGAUAUAUUUGAUUGUUUUUUCCAGGAAAUAUGAAAAUAAUUCUUGUUCUUAUUUUUAUAACUUAUUCUCUUUUAUAUUUGCUUAAGAAUAAGUUAAAAUUCAUCUU